AUGAGACCCAUUACUAACAUAUAUUGUUUGGUGAUUAUCACAUAUCUUGUCACUUGUGUCAAAUAUGCAUCUUCGAUAUUCUGCUACGACUGCAACAGCGCGUUCGACCCCCGCUGCGGGGAGGAAUUCGACCCUUUUAGUUUAGGAGUCGUCAACUGCUCCCUCAAGGACCCAUUGGAGCACAUUCCGGAAGUAGAAUCUACGUUUUGCCGGUCUAUUAAAAUGGAGAUCUACGGGAAAGUGCGCGUUGUCCGUCAGUGUGGUUACCUAAAAGAUGAGAAUGAAAAAAUUGGAGACCCACCGUGCAAGUUUAUGUCCGGCGACGGAGAAGUCUUCCUCACUUACUGCAACUGCGACACGGACCUUUGCAAUGAAGCCUCUUCGUGGUACGUUUCGCAUGUUCUAGCAUUAAUGACCAUGAGUUUGUUAGUUAUAUGUUGA